GUGCCCGCGUCCCUGCUGGGCACGGCGGUGGGCGGCGCGGUGCUGCUCAGGGAUUACGUCGCCGGUGGGGCCUGUCCCAGCAAGGCCACCAUUCAGGGGAAGACUGUCAUUGUGACGGGAGCCAACACUGGCAUUGGGAAGCAGACGGCCUUGGAGCUGGCCAGGAGAGGAGGUAACAUCAUCCUGGCCUGUCGAGACAUGGAGAAGUGUGAGGCGGCGGCAAAGGACAUUCGAGGGGAGACCCUGAAUCACCGUGUCAACGCACGGCACCUGGACUUGGCCUCGCUGAAGUCCAUCCGAGAGUUUGCAGCGAAGGUCAUUGAAGAGGAGGAGAAUGUGCACAUCCUGGUCAACAACGCGGCCGUGAUGCGGUGCCCGCACUGGACCACAGAGGAUGGCUUCGAGAUGCAGCUGGGCGUGAACCACCUGGGUCACUUUCUUCUGACAAACUUACUGCUGGACAAGCUGAAGGCCUCAGCCCCUUCUCGGAUCAUCAACCUCUCGUCCUUGGCUCACGUUGCUGGGCACAUCGACUUUGAUGACCUGAACUGGGAGAAGAGGAAGUAUAACACUAAAGAGGCCUACUGCCAGAGUAAGCUGGCCGUGGUCCUCUUCACCAAGGAGUUGAGCCGGAGGCUGCAAGGCACAGGUGUAACCGUGAACGCUCUGCACCCUGGGGUGGCCAGGACAGAGCUGGGCAGACACACGGGCAUGCAUAGCUCUGCCUUCUCUAGCUUCACUCUCGGGCCCAUCUUCUGGCUGCUGGUCAAGAGCCCCCAGCUGGCGGCCCAGCCCAGCACCUACCUGGCUGUGGCAGAGGAGCUGGAGGGCGUUUCUGGGAAGUACUUCGAUGGACUCAAAGAGAAGGCUCCGGCCCCCGAGGCCGAGGAUGAGGAGGUAGCCCGGAGGCUUUGGGCUGAAAGUGCUCGCCUGGUGGGCUUGAAGAUGGCCUAGGGGUGCGCUGUGUGGGGACAGCCCCACCCCGAAUCCCCUGGGAGCCUGCGUGAAAACCGUCAGGAUGGGGCUGCAAGACCGAGGCUAGGUGCCAUGUCCACACCACCCACUAGGUGGCGGUAUUGACACUAUGAGCUUCAAGAGUAAGAAGCCUGCCUGCCAUGCCGGAAGCAGCCACUAGAUGGCAGCAUCGGCCAAAUCGUAAAAUUAAGGCACCUGCCUGCCAUGCCUGCAGGAGCCGCCAGGUGGCAGCAUUGACCAAGGAAUGCUGGCUGCCAUGCUCACAUCGCCCUCCAGGUGGCAGCAUUGGCCUUUUCUCCCCCCUCUCUUUUCUGGCCACAGUGGCUUGGACUGCAAGUGGGCACCUGACCCCGGGGCUGCCACAGGUGAGCUGGGCCAUCAGGUCCCUUAGGAAUCUAAACUGGGAAAUGCUGGGGGAGGAGCCGGCUCCCUCUGAUGUGGGCCACAGUGAGGGAUCGAGUUCAGGGUCCCCUGUGGGACUUUACAUACCUCGGGCUCCUCCCUGAGCCUGUUUCCCCAACUAUAAGUUGUGCAGAAUCUCGUGACUACCUCACAGGAUGGCCUGCUGAGCAUUAACAGGGAAAGUUUACUGAGGGUCUUAGUGUGCUAGGCCCUGGCCAGGUGCAGGGUGGGGGUGGGUGUACCCCGAGAACAGGUCCCCCCACACCUGGCCCAUAAUCCCUGAGUCACGGCCCGGGCAGGUGAACAACGCACCAGCCACUGCUGCCGAGGGCCCGGGAGGCCUGGGGUCACGACCUUCCCUUGCCCGUGGGCUCUCAGGCUUCCUCUUUAAUCAUAAUUAAAGGUCUCCCUGAGUCAUCGGUCUCGCUUUCUCCCUCCGGGCUCGAGGGGAAGCGCCAGCGAGCUCCUGUGUGUGUUCCUUUGGGAAGCAGAGCUGGCGGCUUAACCCAGGCCGGGAAGCCACUCAGACAUCCAGAGGGUUAGAGAUGGAAGGGUCCCCUCACGCCUCUCGAUUGGCGACAGUCAUUGGAGUCUGGGUUAUCCUGUGUGUGAGAAAUGGGGCUGGCUCUGAGCUCAGGCACAG